CUGCGCUUCUUACUCCUGCUAUAAACCUGCUGCGUGGGGCCACAAGAAUUACUAGCUUGUUUUUUGCUUAAUUUUCUGUUGGCAACUUACAGGUGCUUUCUUUGGAUAAACACACCAAGAUGAGAAGGUGCAGAUCCACUAAUCUACUAAUCAUGGACUCUAUUAUCCAGAACCUGGCAUGGUGUGACUUAAUGCUGGCUGAGCAUUAGGCAGAACCCAUAGGAAAGAGGGGACUGUAAGUGAUGGAUGCAGGCAGAGUUGAGCUGCCAGCACUGCUCUGCAUAAGAUAACAUAGGUGAAUGUCUAUUGCAGCCAGCAAACUCUGCAAAGGCUUGCAUGGGAUUGCUUGAUAAAAAGACAAGAACAAGUUGGUCACGUCGAGCCCAGUGAUGUUCAACCUGAAGGCUGCACCAUAAUGCUGGGAAAUGUAGUUCAUCAACAGAUUCCCAGCCUAGAUGACCUUCCUUAAGAAUCUUCAAAUCCAUUCAUUUCUUUUAAUAGCCUCUUGUCAUUGCCUUAUGCCGAAUGCCAGUGGUCAUACUGUAACAAGCAAGGAACAAGCGAGACCUCCAUUCUUUACAUCAAAGAUGACCAAAAUGACAGCCUCAAAUGAAGACAAAGAUCUUUGAAGUGUAUUAUAAGAGCUACAGUUCAAAAGUGAAGACAAGAGAAUAAGCAAUGUGUAAGAAGAGAAAAGAAGCAGCUCUACCUGGUCAGCGUUAAGGCCCCAGUAUGUAACAAAUGUUUCUGCUGAAGACUAUGAUGAAAAUGAAGGCAAUCUAACUGCUUUCCUCUCUGAAUGAAGAAGAUGAAUUGUACAAACUGCACAAUCAAAUCAAAACCAGUAACUGAAAAGAUGCUUAUUUCCUUAACUUUGGCUAUAAUAACCAUUCUGACGACAGUGUUAAACUCUGCUGUCAUACUUGCAAUCUGCACAACCAAAAAAUUGCAUCAGCCCGCAAACUAUUUGAUUUGCUCUUUAGCAGUAACAGACUUUCUUGUUGCAAUUUUGGUCAUGCCUUUAAGCAUAACUUACAUAGUUAUGGACACAUGGACCCUUGGCUAUGUCAUAUGUGAAAUAUGGCUUAGUGUUGACAUGACUUGCUGUACUUGUUCCAUCCUUCAUUUGUGCGUCAUUGCUUUGGAUAGAUACUGGGCCAUUACAGAUGCUAUUGAAUAUGCCAGAAAAAGAACAGUCAAAAGAGCUGGAAUUAUGAUAUUAACUGUGUGGACUAUUUCUGUUUUCAUUUCCAUACCACCAUUGUUUUGGAGAAACCACCACAACAUAAACAUUCCUAGCAAAUGCAUAAUUCAACACGACCAUCUUAUAUAUACCAUUUACUCUACAUGUGGAGCAUUUUAUAUCCCCUUAACUUUGAUACUUAUCUUAUACUAUAGAAUUUAUCAUGCUGCAAAAAAUCUGUACCAAAAAAGAGGGUCCAGCCGGCACUUGAGUAACAGAAGCAAUGAUAGUCAAAACUCAUUCGCCCAUUGCAAACUUACACAGACGUUCUGUGUAUCAGAGUUCUCCACUUCAGACCCCACCACAGAAUUUGAGAAGAUGAACGCAUCAGUGAGGACCCCUCCUUAUGAUAAUGACAUUGAUAUCUUUGGAGACCGACAGCAACAAAUUUCCAGUUCACGUGAAAGAAAGGCUGCUCGUAUUUUGGGACUAAUUUUAGGUGCUUUUAUAUUAAGCUGGCUACCAUUUUUUAUUAAAGAACUUGUGGUAGGGAUUCAGCUAUGCACUGUUUCCCCAGAAGUGGCUGACUUUUUGACAUGGCUGGGGUAUGUGAAUUCACUAGUUAACCCACUUCUGUACACGAGUUUCAAUGAUGAUUUUAAGCUGGCAUUUAAGAAACUCAUCAGGUGCAAAGAGCACUCUUAACUACCAUGAUGGAUGUGCAGAUUUAUUGCCUUAAGGGUGAAAAUCUUUCCAACUGCAAAACUGACUUGUUGGUUAAGGGAAUGCUAAACUCUAUUUUAUUUUUGAUUGUUGUUUUGUUAAAUCUGGUCACUUAUACAGCAGUCUUCUACCUCUGUUGUUAUUAUCGUGAUAAAUAUCAAAUAAAAUGUUUCAUGAGAAAUA